AUGACAUCAUUGAAAUUUAUACCAAUCCAAUCGUUUAUAGACUCAUCAUUCUUCACAAAAUUAGCAGAUUUAAAACUAAAUAAAUUUAAACUAGAUUCUACUACGACCAAAAUACGAGGUUAUCAAACAAUACCUUCAAAAUUAAAUAAGUUUAAUGAUACUCCAAUAAUAAAUUUGGAUGAUGAUAGUUUUGAAAAUGUCGAGGAAGAAGAUAAAUGGAGUUUUAAUGGAGAGAUAUUAAAUGUUAAUACUAUUGAAGAAUUUAAAAACCUAAAUAAAUUGGAGCUUUUACAAAUGCGGGGUCAAUUGAAUUAUGAUAAAAUAGUAAAUGCUGAUUCAUUUGACUGGGAAAUUUUUAACUCAUUUUAUGUGUUGAGUUUUUCUGACUUGAAGAAGUAUAAAUUUUAUUAUUGGGUUGCAUUUCCUACAAUAAAUAAUAAUUGGACAAUUGAAGAGGAAUUACAAAUCGAUGAUGAUAUAAUUGAUAUACUACGAGAGGAAUCGAACAUAAUCAAUGGACAAUUUUACCAAUUAAACUCAAAUACACUUUCGAAUAGACUAGAUGUACUGAAAUCUCCAACAUUUGUUUUCUUCGAUACUUGUCUAAACAAGGAAAUGAAACCCUCAGUACAACUAAAGAACUAUUUAUUUUACCUAUCUCACAAAGGAAUAAAAGAAAUAGAAUUGAUAACCUACAGAAACAAUGGAUCAUCAAUCAAACAAAAACUAAAAUUUGAAUCAACACCUACCCCACCAAAAUUCACAGGAUGGGAAAGAACAAAUGAAGGAAAAUUAGGUCCUAAACUUGCAAACUUGGGAUUAUUAAUUGAUCCAUUCCAAUUAGCCAAGCAAGCUGUAGAGCUCAAUUUAAGAUUAAUGAAGUGGAGAAUUGCACCAGAACUAGAUCUAGAUAUUUUGAAGAAACAAAAAGUUUUGUUGUUAGGAGCUGGUACUUUAGGUAGUUAUGUUGCAAGAGCUUUGUUAGGUUGGGGUUUUAAUGAUAUUACUUUUGUUGAUAAUGGAAGAGUUUCUUACUCAAACCCGGUUAGACAACCUUUAUUUAACUUUGCUGAUUGUUCAAGUGAUAAUGGUAGAGGUGAGUUGAAGGCUCAAAAAGCUGCUGAAAAUUUGAAAAAGAUAUAUCCUGGAGUUAAUUCUACUGGAAUUAGUUUGGAAGUACCUAUGAUUGGCCAUUCUAUAACUGAUGAACCAAAGCAAAAAGUAAACUACAAUAAACUUAAUAAAUUAUUUGAUGAAAAUGACGUUGUAUUUUUGUUGAUGGACUCAAGAGAAUCAAGAUGGUUACCAACCGUAUUAGGAACAGCAAAAGAUAAGAUAAUCGUAAACGCAGCAUUAGGAUUUGACAGUUACUUGGUUAUGAGACAUGGAAGUAUUGCACAACAAGAAGAUGAAAGAUUAGGUUGUUAUUAUUGUAAUGAUGUUGUUGCACCAGAAGAUAGCUUGACGGAUAGAACAUUAGAUCAAAUGUGUACAGUAACAAGACCAGGUGGUGCAUUAUUAGCAUCUUCAUUAGCUGUUGAAUUAUUAGUUUCAAUCUUACAACAUCCAAAAAAGCAAUUGGUGAAGCAUAACACAGUAACGAAAUUUGGUACGAUACCGCAUCAAAUAAGAGGAUUUUUAAAUAACUUCAGUCAAACUCAACUAUUUACACCAAAUUAUAAACAUUGUUCAGCUUGUUCAGAAAAAAUAAUUGAAAAAUAUAAAGAAGAAGGUUGGGAGUUUAUCAAGAGAUGCUUGAAUGAUACUAAAUAUUUAGAAGAGAUAUGUGGACUACAGAAAGUACAAGAAGAUGCAGAAAAGGCUUUGUUAGAAAUGACUAUUGAUGAGGAUGAUGAGGAUGAUGAAUUUGAUGAUGAGAUUGUAUAG